AAUGACCCAAUCACAGUGACUGUGACCAAGCCAGCCUCCAUCAUGUAGGUGAGGGUCCAUCACAAAGUUGGGCGUGGCAGUGGCACAUGAGACAGGACUCUGCAUGCAUCGGGGACCUGGAGUUGGAAGCAUAGGAGCGUUAUCGUCCCAUGGUAGAAGGAAGGGUGUGUUGCCAUGGCAGGUGUGGUGUACCCCAAACAGUCCCCUGUGGAUUUAGACAUAUACCAAAGCUCCUACAUGGUUGACUAUAAACCCUAUGGGAAGCACAAAUACUUGAGAAUUACACCAGAAGAGCAAGUAAAGGUGGACACCCAACUCCGGGCCAAAGAGUUCUAUAGACCCAUUCUCAGCCCCAACCCCAAGUUAGAGGAUGGAUUCUCCGCUUUCAAAAGACUCCACAUGACUGCCAAAGACCUGGGACAGCCUGGCUUUUUCCCAUCACAGGACCCUGUUACUGCAGCACAGAACUGCACAUUCACCAGUGUCUGCCCCUCGGCAUACCCAGCUUCCAGCUCUCUGUAUCUGGCCCAGGGGGAUCCAGUCUGGGUCCACCAGGUGGCUGACUUUCCUUCUCUGCUGGAGCCAGAGCGCCAACCUGCUCCAGAGGUUGGCAAAGGCUACUUCCUACUGCCCGGCUAUCUCUGUCCUCAUCGCCAUACCAUUAAGUUCCCCAUUUUGAACAGAUGGGGACCCCUGAUGCCAUUUUACCAGUAGGAAGGAUGAAAACACCAUCCAAUGGCCCAUGGAAAUCCUUCCCUCUCACAAGGAAAUCUCUGCUCCACCUUUGGAAUACAGAAGGGAGAAAUGAAAAUAAAACUCUGGGAAGAUGUUCUAGCAGUACUGGGACUGGAUUUGCUCUACGGAACUCCCUAGUCUACCUUGAGACACAGCAUCGCCACUACAGAGGAAGCAAG